AUGUCCUACGGAGGAUACGGCGGGAAUCCUGGUUACGGCGGGGCUCCCAGUGGAUACGGUGGCCCUCCCGGGUAUGGCGGUGGCGGCCCGGGACCUGGUGGCUUCGCGCCUGCGCCUCCUGGCCCUCCUCCCGGCACGGACCCCCAGCUUUGGAGCUGGUUCUCGGCCGUCGAUACCGACCGAUCGGGCCACAUCACCGUGCACGAGCUUCAGAAAGCCCUCAUAAAUGGAGACUGGAGUCCGUUUGAUCUCGACACCGUCAAGUUGCUUAUGUCGAUCUUCGAUACGGAUCGCAGCGGGACGAUCGGCUUCAACGAGUUCUCCGGACUGUGGAAAUACAUUAAGGACUGGCAGAACGUCUACCGCCACUUCGACCGCGACCAGUCGGGCUCGAUCGACGCCAACGAGCUCAGACAGGCUCUCCACCAGUUUGGCUACUCUCUUUCGCCACAGCUCUUGCACCUCGUAGAGGCCAAGUACGGCACCGGUCCGAGCCAUGGCCCCCACGGUGCGCCCUCCGGAGGCGGGAUCACGUUCGACCGCUUCGUGCGCGCGUGCGUGGUGAUCAAGCAGAUCUCGGAGUCCUUCCAGAGGCUCGACACGGAUCGCGAUGGCUGGGUGCAGGUCAACUACGAGCAGUUCAUGCACACCGUCCUCUCCUUACCCUAA